UGAAAUGCGGAUAAUGAAGAGUCAUUUAAAGUAAACGUUUGGGUAAUCUUUUAUCUUCCGUCUUCUUCUUUUUUUCUGUACAUUCUUGUCCUCCUUUUUUCUGCUAUACACGUGUGCGGUCAUAAAGAUUUUGUAAAAGGAGAAAUUUGUUAAAAAUAAAACGUAUAUGUAAGAGAACAAGUGAAAUCUGAUGAAAUGAAAAUGUGUUUAGUUGUGAUAUUAUUUUGUCUAUCAUGCUCCUGCAAUGGAAAUUUGCUUGGUGAAAGUAAACAAAAUUCUGUGGAUGCUCAAAAUAAGGGAGCAAAUAUCACAGAUAUCAAAAUGGAGGUAAGCAUUAUGAAAGACAAUUUCCAUGCUCUACUUCAAAGAGUUUAUAAUAACGAAAAUGAAGUUGCAUUCCUGAAAGGUCAAGAACAACAUUUUGAACAUGAACUUGAAAACACUAGACGGAUAUUUUCAUGUGAAAUUGAAGGCAUACGAGAAAUCACUACACAAUACGAACUUGAACUGAACGAAACAAUUCGUUCUUGGACUACAUUAAAUGAAACAAUACAAAACCUCAGUCACAGUGUCAGUCUGUUAGAUACCAAAUACUUGCUUCUAGAAAAUGCGGAAAGUCAUAUCAGUAAGUCAGUUGAUGGUAAAUGGACAGCGUGGGUGGAAGAACCAUGCAGUGUCACGUGUGGUGUUGGUGUCCGUUUACGUCAUCGUCAGUGCUCUAACCCGUAUCCCAAAAAAGGCGGGAAGAAAUGUACAGGAAAUGAUAAUGAACAAAUCACGUGCACACAACCUAGCUGUUUACCAGUGGACACAUUAGAAUGCCAUGGGGGCUGGAUAAAACGUGAUGAUUUUGGCGCAAGUUAUUGCUUUAGUAAUAAAUGGAAUACAUGGGACGAAGCACAGGAGCAAUGCGGAACACAGAACGCAUCGCUUGCAGAUAUUUAUUCUGAGAAUGAAGCCUUGUGGCUGGCUGAUUAUUGUCGUACACAUUCAGGAACAGAUUUCUGGAUUGGCGGAAAGAGUGACCAUGGUAUAUACAAAUGGUUUACUUACGAUGGUCAAACCACAAAUAUGAACUAUACACGAUGGGCAAAAGACAUGUCACAGGCUUUUACGUACGAGUGUGCUGAGUUAUGGGAAGACUUCGAGUACAAAUGGUACAGCUACGAUUGUGAUACAUAUUACAAUUUCAUAUGCAAGACGUAUGUUUGACAUCAUGUUCAUUGUUGUCUUCUAUCAUUUUACUGCUAAUUGGCUGGUUAUAAUUGAAGAAAUCCUAGUUAUACUACAGCUCAUAACGCAGUUUAAAAUGAUUAUACUGCAAUCAAACUUUACUGAUUUCAAAAAUUUAACAUGAUUAUACAAUAUCUAAUUUAGAAUAAAAAAAAAGCUAAAACUGAUAUUAGAUAUAUUAAGAAAAUAUAGUAAAAGAUGCAUAUAUUACAUGUAUUAUAAAAAGAUAUCAGCUUCAAAUAUAAAGACGUUUUUUUAAACAAAAAAGAAAAUAGAAAAUAUUAUUUAUGUUUAAGUCAUUGUUUUGAUUGUAUUGAUAUUUCAUGGCAAAUAGCAAAUGACAGGUUGUAACGUUGCCUUCCAUAAAUGCCAUAUAUUGAUUUA